CUCUUAACACCCAUGUUCAAUCACACAUAAAACAGUGUCCAUUGUCAACAUCAGAGAUGCGAUUGCGGCAUUGCAGGGUUUCGAUGUAUUUACGUUUAUCCGUAAACAAAUAUGCUGCCACAUUUUUCGUAUCAUAGGUAACAUGUGUUUUAUAAGUUAUAGGGCGCAGCAAUCAGUCGCCCUUUUUAUGCAGGUUUUAUUUGGCACAUCCAGAUUUGGUCUUGUGCCUAGCCAUUAUCAGUGCACUAUUUUCUAGUCUCAAUGCAUGUUAGUUCCCUGUUGUUCGGGCGUCACAGUUCUUGAUUAAAAUUUCAAAGAACUAGACCAGAAAAUGGUGCAUUGAUAAUGGCUAGGCACUAGCCGAAGUCUGGAUUACCCAAAUAAAAUCUGCAAAAAAUGCACGACUGAUUGCUGCGCUCUAUAAUUUAUAAAUCAUAUCACAGCCACUGAGUGCACCCACGUUCAUAAUGGUAGGUAACCUGAUAUUAUGUGUUUGUUCAUAUUGGAACUCACAUGUAAAAAGAAAAAAAAAUUGUAAAUAGUUCGCAUCAUAGGUCAUUGAAUGUAAUGACGCCUCUCAUUGGGUGGCACAAUCAAUCAGUACCCGAACCGCAGUUCCUUAACGGUACCAAAACAUCAUCGACGCGUAAACAAAUGAUUAAAAUGUUGACGUCGUUGCAAAUGGACCGGUGACGUAGGAUAAAUCUCACUAACUGCAAACUGGACUUUGAACAAUAAAGUGGAGGGGACACGGUAACGAAAACAACUUACAGAGAAAUCGUAUCAGUUGUGUCGUGAGAUCUGGAAAGAAGAAAACAUCCCCGGCUUUUCAAGUAAGGGGAACAUUACAGUGAAGAAUAUGCUAAGCUAAAUCGAUUUCAGAAAGUUCCAGCUGUUGUACAUGGGAACUUUGCACUUUCUGAAAGUGUGGCCAUCUUACGCUAUCUCUGUCGAGAAUUUGAAGUUGCCGAUCACUGGUAUCCAAAGGACAACAAGGCACAGGCAAGAGUUGAUGAAUACUUUGAAUGGCAGCACAUUGAAAUUAGAGCCAACUUAGUGAACUACUUUCGAACAAAGGAUCGCUGUUCUCUACACAGUUACACUUCACUAACAGAAGAACAGCUGCAGUAUGUCGUUGAAAGUUUACUGUGAUCUGAUUUCACAACCAUCAAGAGCAGUUGUCUUAUUUUUGUUAGCAAAUGACAUUCCUUUUGUGGCAAGGGAAACGAAUGUUCUCCAUGGUGAGCAGUUUAGUGAAGAAUUCACUAAACUUAAUCCAAUGAAGAAGGUUCCUGUGAUCAAGGAUGGAGAGUUCACAUUGACUGAAAGUGUAGGUAUUUUACGAUACUUGUGCCAAGAGAAAAAUGUUCCUGACCAUUGGUACCCAGCAGACAGUAAAAAGCAAGCAAGAGUUGAUGAAUACCUCGAGUGGCAACAUACAAAUACAAGGAGGAACUGUGCACUUUAUUUUUUGAAUAAGUUUAUGCUUCCAGGAAUGAAAGGAACACCACCUAAUCCUGAAACAGUGGCUAGGCGAGAACGAGAAAUGGUAGAAACAUUGAAUGAAGUAGAAGAGAUCUGGCUGAACAACAAACCAUAUCUGGCUGGAGACAAAAUCAGUAUUGCUGAUCUACUUGGAGCAUGUGAGAUUGAGCAACCUAGAAUGGCAGGCUACAAUCCUUGUGAGGGGCGUCCAAAACUUGCUGCCUGGUUAGAGCGAGUUCGUCGUGACACACUUCCGCAUUAUGACUCAGUUCAUGCAAUAGUUAGAAAGGUAACAGAGAAGUAUGGAGGUGUGGCACCUGCUUCCUUUUCAAAGCUGUGAUAUUGAGUAACAAAUUCUAACAUUGAAAAAUAAUGGUACAUGGAUUUAUUUUUAUCUUUAGACUGAAUAAUGUUUCGGUUAUUGAGCACUGUAUGUAACAACAGACUACCUAAAGUAUUCAAAAAUUAUAUGGGUUGUUAUGCCACAAUAAAAAAAAUUAUUGGCUUAUUAUAAUGUUACACUAGGUUGUAGGGCCUUGUUUAUAAGAAUAUGUAGUUGAUUCCAUAGGUUCUAACAUCUGUGGAGUUGAUGUUUGUACUAUUUUUGUACUUUUAAAUACCUAAACAGAAAAUAUACUCAGUUGAGGCAUAACUUUGUAUCAGUGAAAUAAAGUUUUAUGCAAUACUUCUGCAAUA